CGCCGUCUUUCCCACGCGACUCGGGCCGCAAUUCGAGAUUCCAGCUCUCAAUCUUUCCGCUUUUGGACCUUCAGCGUCAUUGCCUUUCCAGCUUCCAUACCAAUCCUUCGGGUUUACUGCUGGCUUUUGGAUACUAUCCUCGACACAGCGAUGAUAUGAUAUUGAAUCGGCCCAUCACGCACCUUCUUCAUGGAUACACUACUCGCGCAGGCUGACGCCGCGCGCAGCGCAGUUUCGUCCGUCGCGACAUGCACCCCGGCGACAUCAGCCUUGCUCAAGAGCUUGUUGCUCCCCAAGGACGACACCCUCGUUGUUGACCAGGGCAAAGCCCGAGCUACCACCAAGACGGCGAACUCGGCCCGGUCAAGAGCGAACACUCUCUCAAGAGCACCAACGAAACGCGUCAAACAAGCUACUGCCGCCACCGAGAGCGGUCUUUCUAUACGAGAGAAGGCGGCACUCGCAACACACGUCGUCAAUGCCACCCUCAAGGCCUUGGGAGAGGCUGCGAAGCCCUCCCCGGCUGCCGUCCCACGAGCCACCCAAGAGGACGACCUGGUCAAGACGGCAGCCAAGAACGCGCUUCGGCGGUCAAGCUCGGCGCCCAUGACUCCUCUGCAGCCCCGCAGCCUCAACCGACAGUCCACCUCGCCCGUCAUCACCAGACACGCUCGAUCGCCUUCGAAGUCGUCCAAGAACAACACGAACCUCCUAGCCACCGUCGAGUGUGCCCGCGUAGCCCUGGCUGCGUUGCGCCAGUUACCCCCCACAGGCAAAAUCACCCUCCCAGAUCUACAACUCGAGUCGGGCAUGUCGGCCUUGAUUGGGAAGCUGAUCAGCCUGAACCUUCAUGAGCAGGCCAUCAAGGAGUUGAGGAUCCUCAAAAAGAGAUUGGGAGGCUCUUCGGGCUCCGAUACCAAGAAGACAGCCAAUGCGGCUAAUCCUGAACCCAAGAAUACCGCCCAGCUCUUCUCAGAGCUGCUUGGCUUCGGCGCCAUCAAGGCAUCAGGACAGCGGCUUGUGCUAGUCAUCACGACUCAGACCCAGAUUCUGCGGCUUCUGGCAGCGACAAAGAAGCCAUCAGCGAUCGAGGCGGCACUCCCACAUCUUCUGAUGGACCAGCCUUCGUCACCAAUCAACUUGAUUCUCACGGCGGCGAAGGAGGAUGACGCAGACGUUGGGAAGAUUGCUCGACAAAUGGAGACAGUAACCCAAUGCCUCCUCCUGCUUGCGCCCAGUGUAUCUACCAAAGACGACGGUUCAGCACAGGAGUCUAGACUCAGCAUCUCCCCGGCAUCCGCUCUCGAAUUGCAAGCACUCGCCUUUGAGGCCCGACUUCACUGGUGGAGACUGGCCAAACACAAGGGAGACGCAGAGAAGGAUAUUAUGGUUCCUCUGUCCAGGUGUUUGAGCGCAUACAUCCGGCGGACCUCUGAGAGCCCGAAAUCCCGCUACGCCGUCUGCUCCGAAGUCUUCAACCGGAUACACCAGCAACUUCAGAACUACGGCUUCCAACCGUUGAAAGGAUCCAAACUCCCACUUGCCGGGAUUUGCCAGACCCUGGUAGCUCUCGCACGCGACGCCCAGCAAAUACCGGAUGCCAUCAUGUGGACCACAAAGCUUCGAGAGGUGAUGGACCCCAAGGACGAAUCGAUCGCCAAGUCUUGCUCUCUUGCGGCUCAGCUGCUCUCUCUCCACCUCAAAUAUCCCGCCAAGUACCUGACCGACGAUCACCUUCUCAAAGAAGUGGUUGCCGGCAUCCAGGGCCCGUUACGUGGAGACACUGCCGAACUCGACGAGCUGCUGAUCAACGUUUGCGCGGUCCGGAAAGCGGCAAUGCAGUUUCUCCUCGGCCUCGCCAAGGGAAGUGACUAUACCUCUCGGUCAUUGCUCUCCAUCAAGGAGCUUCUGGAGACCUUCAUCCUUCAGUGCCCUCGAUUUUGCCUUCGAUGGCUCGGCAAGCCUCCAGGGCCUAAGGGCGGCACCAAAGAUUUCCUCCGGUACGAUCAGCGGCGACAGCUCAUGUCGCAGUACCUUCACCAUACCCUCGACUCGGCUUUCAUGACCAUCAAAACCUGUUUGGACCAGUCACGACUCCCUUGGAAUCUCAUGGACGCCGUUCUCAGCGAUUGCAGCACCCUCUUGGAGUACACGGGGACGUCCACAUCCGACGCCUCGGCAUCCUACCAUGUGAAGAUCUCGCAUUUCUACUACCUGCAGUACAGCUGCCUCCGCCAGCAGUCAACCGACCCAAAAGACUCCGCCCCUCUUCGGGCGCUCCGGCGUUCAGUGGAGUGCGUGAAGCACCGGACGAGCACAGAAAAGGAAAAGGCCCAGCUCACCUUGAAGCUGGAACGCAUGGCGGAACUCUGCAGGACGUUGGGCAGAGGGGAGGAGGCACUCAGUGCUCUCCAAUCCGUUCGGACCAGCUUGGUAGAAGACGGCGUCCUAGCGACAGUCGCCAGAAGCCUCGACACAGAUUCCCCAGCCGUCGUCUGGGCCCAAAACCAGAAGGCCGCGGGCCUCUCACGAACUCUUGUCUCCAUCUCGAAGAUGGAGCACGUCUGGAUGGACUGGACCGUUAAUCUCGACGAGGCCGAACGCGCUGCGGCAUUGGAGCACCAAUUCCGGUUCAUUCUGCUCCAGCAAUGCUCAAAAGAGGCUUUUAUCACGUUGGAGCACGCCAUCGUCGAUACCUUGCUUCGCAUCUACAUCCCCACCCGUUACCCAGUCCGGAGACUUAGGGUCCUUCUCGCCCUACUCUGCGCGGCACUUGGAGAUCUUGGCAGGGCACCUGAGCUCCUCUCGGUUGCUAAGGACGCCGCUCAACUCGAGGGCAGUGGUGAUCUCGGGGAGGACUCGGGCUUGGCUGGCUUCGUACCGCACAUGAAAGCGCUCUACCAGUCAUUAGCCGCGGCCGUUGAUGCUUACCGCGACAUCGGGGCGCUCGAUCGAUCUAUUUCCACCUGGCGGUCAAUCAUCACGACAUGUCGGGACAGGGAAACCCUGGAGAAGGCAGUCGAUGAUAUACCGGGGCUCAUCGAGCACCUGCAGUCGGUUGCCGACUUCCUCCGCAUGAAGGGCCGGGACACCAUCCUCGCCACCGUUCUGGAGCUGGUCACGGACAUCGCACAGGUUGCGGAGGUCGCCAAUGCCGAAGACGUGGUCCACCACAGCUCCUGUCUCGCUCUGCAAUACACCAACCUCGGCAAAUCGUCAAGAGCUGAGGAGGUGUUCCUGAAGGCGAAGGAGCAUAUCGGAGCUCAAAUGCGCAGCGAAGCCAUCGUUUACUUUCACCUCACCUUCACCGACCAUUGCCUUGCCCUCGGCAGUUUCAGGCAAGCUGGCGAUCACCUUUCCCAAGCGGAGCUUGCCUUCCAUGCCAUUGCCGCGCCUGAGAAGCACGCUCGGGCUGAGAGGAGGCAACUCGUCGCAUACGCCUACUACCUCCACUCCAUUAUAGCCCUCGAGCGUGGCGACUCGCACCACGCUCUCGUGUACUCUAGAGAUAGCGUCCGCAUCCUGUUCCAGGACUGGACCAAGCUGGAGAGUCAAAUGGCGCCAGGGACCACCGUCGAACAAGGCCAACGGAAUAGCCAGACCCUGAACUUGUCGACAAUCGAGCUCAAGAAGGAAGGCCACCAACAGACACCUCGUCCGCAAUUCUGGCGGAUUUUCCACUGCCUCUACCGCCACGUCCUCCGGCUCUCUUCGCUUUAUGCUCAUCUCGGCAUGUUUCAGGAGACCAUGUACUACGCAGAGCAAGCACUGAAAAUGGCCAGCACGGUCGACUCGGAUUUUUACAGCGCAGAGUGUGCCGCAUGGAUUGGGUCAGUCUGCUGGAGAGCGGCCAACAUCGCCAAGUCGCAAGAGAUGCUGCAACAAGCCACAAGCCUGUUUCCUGAUAAGAACUGCUCCUACUCCUUGGCAACACUCGCCUGCUAUAUCAGCUCCAUACACCUGUCCCAGAACAACUUCGAGGGAGCACAGCUUCUCCUAGCCAAGGCUGAGGCAGUCGCAGAAGACCUCGCUGUCGUUCCUGCCGUCGCCGGCCAACAAGCUGAAACCGCCACUAUCGAGAACAAGCUGGAGAAUAUCAGUAUCAGCCAGAAACCUACGAAAGGCGGCCGCAAAGCUGCCGCUACCAAGGCGCCGGCAAGGAAAGCGGCCAGAGGCACAGCCAAGAUAACAUCCCCUGCUGCUGCCACCGCCGCCGCCGCCGCCCUCACACUCGGCCCCAAUGCGGAGGACGCCCAGUUAGCCAAGUUGCGUGUGGCUAUCCUCGUGCGGAAGGCCGAGGCUAUGCUACGUCAAAAGGACUGGCCCAAGGCCCAGGCGAUGCUCGUGGAAGCCACGGCCGACAAGGCAUCCGGUCUUCUGCCCGCCAGACAGGUGGCCAUGGCGUUGUGCCUUAUGGGUCGGAGCAUGGAGCAGAUGGCCCAGGAUCCUGUGUUCUCUGUCAUCCACGACUCGACCAUCUCUUUCCCCGCGCUCUCCGGCUCAGACAAGGCGUCACCGCCCCGAGCGAAAGUUUCGUCGCCUAAGAAACCACGAAGCGCCACUGCGGGCGAGGGACAAGGGAGGCUCUACGUCGACAACCUGCGUGAAGCCCACGACUAUCUUGUUGAGGCGCAGUCAAUGGCCGCUGUUAGUGGCGAUGCCAGCCUGAUCCACAGGAUAUCGGUCUUGCUCCAAAACGUCGGCCUGUUCCUCACGGCCACUUCAACCAAAUCAAAGGCAGCGAUCCACUCUGCUCAGACGGCCUAUUCGGUCGAGCUGGCUCGAAAUCUUACUUGGCGCAGGGAGCGGAAGGCGAUGAUCCAAGAGAAGAACAUGACCAGAAACGACAGGCUGGAUUGGCCGCCGGCGCUCUCAUCCGCCGCGACCAGGCGCUCGAGUUUGGGCUUCACACUCGACUUGCACAAGAUACAGAGAGACUAUAUCGACAUCGCGCCAAAGUCCUGGAAUAUCGUCUCUGUCUCCCUCAGCGAGGGCAAUCACGACCUAUGCAUCACCAAGUUCCAGGCUGGGCAGAUUCCAUUUGUCAUCCGGCUGCCCCUCGAGCGGGCCAGUUCGCGCGAUGCCGACAGUGACGUCUUCGACUUUCAGCAGGGCCGCUCCGAACUGUUGGAGAUCGUCAAGUUGAUCAACCAGACCAGCCACGAUUCGAGAAACAUGACCGUCAAGGGUGCCAAGAGCGAGUGGUGGGCUGAGCGGGAGGCUUUGGAUGAGCGAUUGAAGGAGCUGCUGGUGAACAUCAACAACAUCUGGCUAGGCGGGUUCAGGGGCAUCUUCUCGCAGCACUCCCGUCGCCCGGAGCUGCUGGCGAGGUUUCAGAAGGACUUCCUGGCCGUCUUGGAUAAGCACCUCCCUUCUCGGCGGCAGGUGCGCGGAAAGAAAAUCAAGACAGCGCAGGGUGUCCGUGCCACGCUGGACACGAACAUCCUGGAGCUCUUCAUCGGCCUCGGCGACGCCACCCGGCCUAACUGCGACUUCGACGACGAGCUCACCGACCUCCUCUACUUUGUUGUCGACAUCCUGCAGUUUCACGGCGAGUGGAACGCCUACGACGAAAUCGACUUUGACUCGAUGGUUGUCGAAACCAUGGACGCCCUCACUGCUUACCACUCGGCCGCCAACGCAGCCGACGAGCCCGUCCCCGCCAUCCACACCAUUUUGGUCCUUGACAAAGCCCUGCAUAUCUUCCCCUGGGAAUCCCUCCCGUGCAUGCAGGGUCAGCCCGUCUCGCGCGUCCCCUCGCUGGCGUGCCUCCGCCGCCUGCUCCUUGAUCGGCACCAGCCUGAAGAACAACAGCCCACUGGAACGUCCUCGUCCUCUCCUGCCGCCUCCGAAGGUCACCACAUCCCGCCCACCUCAGGAACCUACAUCCUCAACCCGUCGGCCGACUUACAAUCCACGCAGGCCCUCUUCUCACCCGCCUUCUCCACGCAACUGCUACCGCAGAGCUGGAAGGGAAUCACGGCCCGUCCUCCGACAGAAGACGAAUUCGUGACCGCUCUCACAGACUCCGGCAUCCUCCUCUAUUUCGGCCACGGUUCCGGAGCGCAGUACAUUCGCGGCAGGACGGUGAGGAGGCUGGAACCCGGCUGCCGCGCGACGGUGCUGCUGAUGGGGUGCAGCAGCGCCGCGCUGGCGGAUAAUGGCGAGUUUGAGCCCGCGGGUCCGGUGUGGAAUUACAUGAUGGCGGGUUGUCCGGCUGUGGUGGGUACGCUGUGGGACGUGACCGAUCGGGAUCUGGAUCGGUUUGCGGGGGGUGUGAUGGAGGAUCUUGUGCAGGCUGUGGCGAGAAGUCGGGGGAGGUGUAAGUUGAGAUAUGUGACGGCUGCGGCGGCGGUGGUAUAUGGGAUUCCUGUAUAUGUGGAGAGGUGAAGAGGUGAAGGGGGUAUUGUUUGGACUUGGGUCUGUUGAGUACGUUGAAAGGGGUUUUGUAUGGAUCGGGUUGCUUUUCUGGGUACAGAGGUGGUGUGAAGCAUUGGAUGGAGUUGGGUUUGAAUUGGGUCGAUAGACAUCAUGAACAUAACGCAGCCAUUGAAUGCACGAAUGUUGGU